AUGCACAAGAUCAGCAACUUCACCGGCCAGGCCCGUCAUGGCUGGGAACGGAUGACUCCAGCAGCGUUUGGCAUGUCGAGAUUUAAUCAAGACAUGUCCACGCCGCAACCAUUGAGACGUCCACAGGGCUCUCCCGGUGUCGGUCCACCCUCUUCUGCUGAUGCCUCUACACCUGUCAAUCUCUCUUUCAACGUGCCCUUUGCCUCCAACCUUGCCGGUCCCGAUCCUGAAGAUGUCUUGCACUCGAGUCCAGGAGCCUUUCAACGAUGGACUUUUCCUCCAAGUACCGCAGAAGAAUUGCCGAUACAUAAGCUUCCUGUCCAUGUCCAGAACGAGGAACGCCUUCGUUCCCUGUGCUCCUACAUCAGUGAACAAAGUGGUGGCCGCAUACAGGCAACUGUCACUUCCUCGGAGCCCAAGGCAGGGCCUGUACUUCACCGAAGAUCCCAAGGACUAGUAACCAAUGUCUGUAUCUCCGGCGAUGGGGAUCUGGUUUACAAGAUGCGAUCAAAAGUUCUCAAUGAGACCCCGAUAAUGAUGCGGUCCGCUAUUGUGGACAUUGAUCCGGACCUGAUUCUCGAUGCCGUUGAGACCAUGAACAUUAGAACGAGCGUUCUCAGUCACAUUGACCUAUGCGCAAAGUAUACCGGAACAGACAUCUUCCUUCUCAAGCCUCGCAACGCCGAACCACUGUCCAGCGGAGCUUCAUACGGGAGUUUUGUCGAUAGUGGCCUCGAUCAGCGCUAUCGAGUCUGCAUAUUUGGUGACAUGGAAAGUGUCGAACAUGCCAAAACACGGGCCUUGAUGAUGAUCGAUCAAAUUCUCAAACACAAGAUUGAUGUGAUAAAGUUGGAGGUGACCAUGCAUACCCUGGUUUCCGGCCGCACUGGGAAGAACAUCAAGCAAAUCGAAUCAGCAACCAAGACCGCGAUAUACUUUCCCCCUCCUUUCCCUGGGGUUUUUGGCUAUGUCCCUCCACACGCGACUCGCCGGGCAGCCGACGAAAUCUUCAUCACUGGCGAAACGCAAGAGCGGAUUAACCAGGCCAAGCAAAAGCUGAAAGAAUUGGUCAUGGGUAUCAAACUAUAUUCAAAGGAUGCCGUGGUCUCGGCAAGCAAGAUUGACAACAUUCUACUCGAUCGACUGGACAAAGUUCGGAAGAUCAUGGAAACAAACGGUUCUCAUGUUCUGUUCCCCCAGCUCGGCAGCCAGCGAGGGCUUGUUCGUGUUCAGGGCACUGAAGUUCUUCAUGUGGAGAGGACGGUAAAGGAAAUCAUGGCUCUCGCUGGUCAGUUUUUCAGUGCUUCAUGGUGGAUCAUGACACCUGAUCCACCACAGGCUGCUUCUUUCCGAGGCCCUUCCCCUGAGGAGAUUCGAGUCAUGCUUAGCGAUAUCUGCACCAAUUCAGGUGCUGAUUUGAGCUUCGAGAAAUUCACCUUCACUCUUAAUGGUUCUGAUGAUGCUGUAAAGGCCGCGAUGAUGGUUAUCAAUCAGAUUCCUUUUGUCAAACAAUCGCCAUAUCAGAUGCGUGUGAAAAUUGAGCUUGCCAAUGAACACAAGGAAUUCGUCAGUGGUAAAAAGAAUGGCAAGAUCAACAAAAUCAUGGGCCAAAGCAACGUCCAGAUCAUUUUCGACGGCUUCAACGAAUAUAACUUUUACAUCGAUGUCGUUGGGAGUCAGUAUGAAGCUACCAAGAAUGGACUUGAUCUAGUCGAGCAGGAAAUGCCAGCCUCGAUUUCCUUCCAUGUUCCCGACCAAUAUCACAAACGGAUUAUCGGUAUUGGUGGUCAGCAUAUUCAACGCAUCAUGAAGAAAUAUUCCGUCUUUGUGAAAUUCUCUAAUGCAAUGGAUCGAGGUGGAAUGGGCAAGGAAGAUGAUGAUAUCAAGGUUGACAACGUCAUCUGCCGCACACCUGCCCGAAACGCGCAAAGCUUGGAUCUGGUCAAGCAAGAGAUUAUGGACAUGGUGGAGAAAGUCGACGCCGAGUUCGUCUCCGAGACUGUUGUUAUCAAUAGACUUUACCAUCGUGAACUGAUUGCCAGACUUUCCGAGAUCGAAGACUUGGAGAAGAAGUGGAAUUGUAAGAUCGACUUUCCGAACACUGAGCAAGCGAGCGACAUUGUCUCCAUUUCCGGGCCAGAAUACCAAGUUCCGCAGGCCGUCGAUGCUUUCUUGGGAAUGGUGCCUGAGAGUCACGAAAUUGCUUUCCAGAAGUCUCCCGAUUUGGAGACAUUUUUUGGUGGUCCCGAAUACUUCAAUGACCUACGGCAAAAGUUGAGAAGCCAGUACGAGGUCGAUGUACACGCGAAUCCCCAGCUAAGCAGCCUGCCCAAGUCUGCCACGGCGUCGUUGGAACGUAUUGUCGGGCCAUUGGAAGGACGACUUGUCCUUACUUAUACUCGGAACAAUGCAGGUGGACUCAAGGAUGCCAUUGAUUACCUCAUCUCACAACUUGUUCCGCACGGACUUGAUGCAACGACAGUCAAGGGGGCAAUUCCACGCCCGAAAUCGGACUCUUUCGAGGAUUCUCUGCCUUUCUUCGACUCCAAGCUACUACAAAAUGCUCCCUCCCUCCAUUCGGAUUCUCCAACGCGCACAAGCUUUGCUGAUGGAGACACCCCGGUCUCUGAACGAGCGUCUUUGUUUGAUAGGCUUCGCAAGCCUGGGAGCAUUUCAUCCUUCUCAUCGUUCAUGAGUCGAAAAAACCAGAACAAUUCGCCUGGUACUUUUUUCAAGCAUGCUUCCUCCAAUGCCAGUAAAGCGUCCCUCAUCUCGAUGGAGAGUCGCGAGAGUGGAUAUCGCAACUUUUGGAACGACAGCGGUGUCAACCUCCCAGAAGAAGAGGUGGCCGGAUCCUCUACUGGUGGUGCUUGGCCAUCCAGGUUCCACGGUGAAAAGUUUCCAUUUGGCACCAACAGUAUUAGCGGUGCUGGAGACAGGACACCCAAGCAUGAACCUCGGGCAAGUUUCGACUCUGGGAGACCACCCACGUCGCAUUCUUUCUCCUCAUAUCCGGCCCCGAUCGGGCCACAUCACCAUAGCCAGAUCCAUAACGGCAGUAAUGGAUCUGGCAACAAUUUGAACCUUUCCUUACGCUAG